CCCGCCUGGGUUCCCGCAGCCCGGCCCGGUCCGGUCCGACCCGGUGGCGUGUCCUGGGGCACAGCCCGCCCCUGCCCGCCGUGCUUGGACUAUAUAAGGGGGAGAGCACUCUGUCCCGACGCUGAUGUUCUCAGGAGGUGCUGCUGGUCCUUCGCUCUGCCAGCUCAUUCCCCUGGUUGGAAUAGUGUCCUUUGCAGCAGUUGGGGCGUUCUCUUUUUGUGUUUAUUCCCUAUUCUCCAAAUCUGAUGUGAUCAUUAACAAGAGAGGCAAUCCAGAACCAUGGGAAACUGUUGAUCCUACAAAGCCUCAGAAGCUAUUAACAGUCAAUCAGAAGUGGAAACCUAUAGAAGAACUGGAAAAUGUCAAAAGCCUUGUGAAGUGACAAGUUUCUCUUGCCUCCAAAAAGGUACCCUAUGAAUCUAGUGGAAUCACUUCUGCACAAACUUGACUACUGAAAUCAGUGUGCGGAAAUGCUUCUGCUACAUUUUUAGGGUCUCCCUACAUUUUUUGGACUCUGGAUGAGAAGUUUCAUGUUGCCUUAGAAGUUGGCAUAUAACAUCCACACAGUCCAAAAAUCUGUCUCAAAUAUUUUUCAUAGGCAUUUGAUAGCAAAUUAUGAAUAUUCAGAUGGUAAUUAUAGAUGGGAAAAAGCCUUUUCACCUUUUGUAGAAUUUUGUAUUUCU